AUGGUGGUCGCCAUUAAGGGUGUCGUCGUGCAAUGCGACCCACCAACGAUGGAAAUUUUGCUACAACUGAAUGAGACACGCGGAUUUGUCAUUGAAGUUCUCAGUGGCGAAUUCGUUCUCUGUUCAGAAAACGUUUGUGAAUUUCUCGAGGAAGAAGUAACUCGCCGUCUUGAGCUUGCAGAACGGCCCUUGGUGGAUAUGGUGAAGGAAAAGCAGAGGCAGGGCACAACUGAGGAGGUUGCGGAGUCAUAG